AUGCGAGACACAGUGUCCUCGGACGCGCACAACUUCCAUAAUGACCCCUAUGCAAAACUACCAUUGCCUCAGAAUCGCCGGUACAUUGAGCUUGACGACUUCUCAAGGCCCGGAUCGCCCACGCCCGUCCUGAACGGCAACCUGCUCUCUGCUUCUGGCAAGCGCCGGUCCAGAGUGUAUUUCCCUAAUACCCUAUGGACACGUGCCUUUUUUGCAACGGUGAUCAUCGAGACGAUCGCUACCGUUGCGAUCGAAACCUGGGUCUUCAUCAAUAUCUCCCAACACCUCACCCACCUGGGCAAAACCGACGGCUCGCUGCGUCUCCGCUCCUUCCUCGGCCUCUACAUCUUCGCCCUCCUUUACGAACUCGGUCUCUCCUACGAUGCGCUGCGCCGCAAGAAUACAUUCCAGCUCGUCGGACUAUGCGUGUGUAACUUGGGUCUCUUGACGUAUGGAAUUAUCCAGAUUUCAGAAAUCAAAGACACGGUUACCAAACUCGCUAAGAAUGGCGUCCUUAGCAACGACAUCAUUGACAAGUAUCAUAUCGAGCUUUUGCUUGUCCCGAUUAUAUUGGGCGUUGCCGCGGUAGUCAUGAUGGGUAUUACCUGGAAGUUGAGGGCGGAGUUCUCAUGGUCGAUUUAUAAGGAUAUCAGUGCGGAUUUGAGGAUGAAUCGGAGGUACUAUAUUUAUCAGGUAUACAUCGCCCUGCUGAAAUUCGACUUCUUUUUCAUUUUCGGAAGUCAGCUUCAGGUUCUCCUCGCCGUGGGUGUCAUCGAUGAUGAUUUCAUCACCAAUGCUGCUAUGGUUCCCAUUGCCAUUAUGGCAUUGGCCUUGGCUGCGCGCUUCUGUCGGAAUGAGAAGACCAAGUCCAUGGCUUUUCCGAUAAUCUGCAUGUGCGGUCUGAUUGCCAGUCUGGUCAAGACUCUGCUGAAGUUGUACGGCACAAGCGAUAAUGAUGGAUUGAGCUCUUACCAGGUCUCCUUGGGCUUGUUUGCAUCAAUAGCUAUCUUGUUGCUGGUGUUCACGAUCGUCAACUCGGUUCUUUGUAUCCUUAACUUCAACAAGGGGCUGAAGGAUCAUAUUGAUAACCUCCGCGGGGGUAAGCCGGUUGCGGAUCUGGAGGGCGCUGCAGCCCAGGAACCAAAGUCACGCUUUGUAUUAAACUAA